AUGACUUCAACUGAUUUUGCCGAUGGGAUCCGGAAAUGUAAAGAUGAAAACGAAGUUUUAUCGAUUACGACACGAAAUCAAGUUCAGGAUUUUUAUUUUAAAUGUCCUAAACCCAAACAUGACUUAAGCCAACAAUCAAUGAAGCAAAAAGCCCUAGAAAGCAAUUGGAGAAGUGACCAAAUCAAGAUUUUUCAUAAAACGCAAACUAUAAAAAUGAAUGGAAAAUCAUUGUUGAAGAAAAUGAAAGAAAAACAUUUCCUUUCUCAUCAGUGUUGUCUCGACAGCCAGCAUUUGAAGUGA